AUGAGACUGGCCACCGAUAACAGACGCUCGCCGUUAUCGAUUAGCAUUUCACACGCCGCUACACAUCUCUAGGGCUUUGCGGCAUUGAGCAAAAAAUUUUGCGAAUAUCUCAGAGUUUAUUGAAAGGACUUCCUUAAAGGAUUUAGCUUCCCAGCAUAAAGCUCCAAAAUCAAUCGACUCCAGUCACGGUAUUCGCAAGAUUAAUGCCAGUUUUCGCAGAAGGAAUUUCGCUAAAGGAGAAGAAAAACGAACGAAUCCUCUGCUCUAGUAGAAAUUGAUACGGCAGUCGGCCGAUGUGUCAAUGUUAAUCGCGCUCUUCGCGCUUGCACACUUACCAAUUUUCCGUAAGACGCCUCCGCCCUCCCUCAACUAUCCAAGGUGUGGCAGAGCACUGAAAGCGAAAGCAGAUAUUUCAAUAAGAGCCCCAUCUAUUCGAGAAGCCCAUAGGAUGAGUUCUGGCGGCGACCAGAACGAGCCAAUUGCCGCUAAUGGCAAUGCGGCAGAGUCAACCGAUGUGGAAAUCAUUAACUUUCUGGCGCACGAGAAGCAGGUCUGUCGCCCCCUAAGGACCAACCACACAAAGGUCUUGGCUUCCGGCGGCGUCCACACACGCGGAUCUUCCAAAGUCAAGCUAAAGAACAUCGUGGACUACAAGUGGGAGCGCAAGUACUACUAUCCCGGUCACUUGGUAGCCGUCCAUCGCGAUGGAAAGCACCUGGCCUACGCUAUUAAUGUCAAUAAUAAAGCCACUGGCAUGGAGGGAAUGGUGCGUGUGUGCAAUAUCAGCACCAGUAUGCGGGCACUGAUCAAAGGAAUGAGUGGCGAGGUCCUGGACCUGCAAUUCGCCCACACAGAUCGCGAACGGAUCCUGGCCGUCAUCGAUGUCAGUUCGCUUUUUGUCUACAAGGUCGAUCUAAUCGAAGGCAAUCUGCUGUGCAAUCUUGUCCUGAAAGUGGAGGACCCCAUCGCAAACUAUACUCCUGAGUACGACAUGGUAUCUUGGUGCCCGUAUGUCUGCAGCAGCAACUCCACGGCAGCGCAUCACGAAGACGACGAUGAAAACCAGCUCUUGAUCUGGUCUCGCAGCUCUCAGUUCCAGUGUUUCCACGUUAAAAUGAUUGUCUCCGAGCAUGGGCGUGGCAAGAUCCAACCGGCUGCUCUGGAAACUGGCUAUUUAAAAAUCGAGGAGGACACUCUUAUUACAUGUGCCGCUCUGUCGCCGGAUGGCACCACAGUGGCUGCUGCCUGUGCUGACGGCCUGGUGCGAUUCUACCAGAUCUACUUGUUUGAUGUUCGCAAUCAUCGCUGUCUCCACGAGUGGAAGCCACACGAUGGAAAGAAGGUUUCCUCGCUAUUCUUUCUGGACAACAUCAACAAGCCUGUGGAAGAAGCCUACUGGCAGCAUGUGAUUACAACAAGUGAUGCCAACACCGAAAUCAAGCUUUGGAACUGCACUCUGUGGGAGUGCCUUCAGACGAUAAACUUGGAGGCCUCCAUUCCCUCGCCGGUGCAACAAGGCUACUUUAUAGCCGGAAUCGACCGCAGUGCCAACUACUUGGUGCUGUCUAGCAUAGACUGUUUGGCUGUCUACGUGCUGCAAAUCGCCAGCACCGGCAGAUCUGACUCCGGGGACAGUGAUGGGGAGGCCGGCGAGGGCAAACGCAUCCAUAACAUUGCCGAGUUCAAGCUGAGCUCGGGAAUCCUUUCGUUCUCCAUCGUUAAUGCUACAAUGCGUCGGGUUAAGAGCUCCAUAGAGAGUUACUACCCCUUUGAGGAGCCUGAGGACUUUGACGAGGACAACAACUCUACCUAUGCCCUGGUGUUGCACAUGUUCGUGGUGCAGGCCAAGAGCCUGCAAGAGUGCCAGAUAAUCUAUCAGCCAUGCAUGGCGGCAGCAGAAAAUGCGGAGCGCCGCAGCCUCAGCAGCAGCAAGAGAUCAGAGACACCAGAUGAUAAUCUUGUAAUAAAGCAGGACUCGGAAUCCCCAGGCAGUGGCAAUGCGCUGGACACUCUGUUCGCCAAGUCAGCCAAACGAGCCUCCACCACUAGCUCUUCCGCUGUCGUGGCAGUGGCGGCGGCUGCAGCGGCCGCUCCAUCGGCCAUUCUGCAAGAGGCAGUCGCUAACAAAGAGGCAGCGAAGUCGGAGUCCCCACAAUUCGGAAGCGCUUAUCCGCAGGUUAAUCUUAUGACGCCAGAUGCCUUCAGUGCCAGCGGCACUUCUACAGCAACGGCUGUGGUAGUGGCUACCACUACCACCAGCGCGGCUGCCGAUGGCUCGUCCACUGUUGGCGCAACGACGGAAUCCAUUGAUUCGGCAGUACUGAACACUCUGCGUAUGCUAGCCACGGUGACGGCGAAGACGGUGGACAACUCCAACCCGAAUCUACUCAACCUUAUGAACAAUACCCUGAUUGAGGAUCGCGAGCAGCAGAAGAUGAAGAAACUGGAAGCCCGCAAGAACUUUAUAGCCAUUGACCGCAAUCCGGAACGCAAUUUGGCCGAAAAUCUGGCCAGCGGCGGCUCCAGUCCGAGUCGUGAGGUGCAGGAGAUUAUGGCCACCCAGGAAGAUGUCGAUUCCUACGAAGCUGAGCUGGAGAACCUGGAAGAUGAUGACGACGAUGACGAGGAGCUGGCCAACUCUUCGCCCCUUCUGGAGGCCGUCGAUGGGACAUGGCCGAUGGUGAAACUUCCUCUUACGAACUCUGCAGAACUUCAGAAUGCUGCUCAGAUUAUGUCGCAGGUGGUGCAGAAUACCAAUAAUGGCAAUGUGCCACCUACUCUGGGUGGAGGCAGCAUCAACAGUGGAAAUGGCAACACCAGUGCCAUUGUUGGUAACAACACGAACAACAACACGGCGUCCACUCUGAAUACUAGCAACAGCAGCAGCGAAAACACGGCCAUCAGUGGAGCAGCCGACGGUUCCAAUGGAAAUGGAGAAUUAAGCUCCAAGAUUGAACAGUUGAUAGAUCUGGUUAAGGCCCAAUCCAAGCAAAUAAAUAAACUGGAGCAGGAGGUCAGUAAUCUCCAGCAGCAGCAGCAACAAAUCCUGAUGGUGCAGCCUACCAAGCCGGAUGCUUCUCUGGAACCCAAGAAUGUCAACCAGCUGGCCUACAAAAUCGAGAUGCAGUUGUCCAAGUUGAUGGAACAGUACCUCAAGAGAUACGAAAACGAACACAAAAAGAAACUAAACGAGUUCUUAGCUGCUCGUGAAACUCAGAAUCGGGAACUGCGAGACUCUGUUCUCCAAGUGCUUAACCAGUAUGUGAUGAACCACUUCACCGACAUAGUUGGCAAUGUCCUGAACAUGGAGCUGCAGCGGCAGAUACUUCCACGUGUGAAUGCGAAAAUGGAUCAACUGCAGGCCCAAAUGCAGGUGGAAAUUGUGCAAAAGUUGAGUGUCUUUGAUAAGACGGUCAAGGAGAACAUUGCACAAGUGUGCAAGAGCAAGACAUUCCUGGAUGCUUUUGGCAAGUCCGUGCUGAUUGGCGUUCAGGCUAGUCUGCAGACCGCUUUCAUCGAGUCCAUGAGCAGCACUUUAAUCCCCGCCUACGAGAAGUCCUCCCAGAACAUGUUCAAGCAGCUCCACGACGCCUUCAGUGUGGGAAUCAAAGACUUCAUGGUCCAGUUCAAUACCUACCUGCAGCACAUGCCCCAGCCGCAUGCGGUAGGUGCCAACUCCGAGGAGCUGAACAAUAAGCUGGGAAUGCUGAAACAAUUGGUGGAAAGCAGCCUGCACAAGCACCGCACCGAGCUGACGGAUGCCAUGUUGGAGACCCAGCGCGAAGUGAAGAGCCUGGAGAUAUUGCUGGCGCGCCAGGUGCAGGAAACUAUUCGGACCGAGCUGCGCAAGCACAUGGAGACCCAGAACAUGGCUAUGCGCUCGCAGGCCGCCACUCCGGCGCCCACCUACGAUCUAAGGGACAGCAUCAAGCAGCUGCUGCUGGCAGGACAGAUCAACAAGGCCUUCCACCAGGCUCUGCUGGCCAACGACCUGAGCCUGGUCGAGUUCACGCUACGGCACACGGAUAGCAACCAGGCCUUCGCCCCCGAGGGCUGCCGGCUGGAGCAGAAGGUGCUCCUCUCGCUCAUCCAGCAAAUCUCAGCGGAUAUGAGCAACCACAAUGAGCUUAAGCAAAAGUAUCUCAAUGAGGCGCUUUUGGCAAUCAACAUGGCUGAUCCAAUCACCCGCGAACACGCACCGAAGGUUCUCUCCGAGCUGUACCGCAACUGUCAGUUGUUCAUCAAGAACUGCCCCAAGAGCUCGCAGUUCAGCAACGUUCGCCUCCUGAUGAAGGCUAUAAUGGGUUAUCGCGAGCAGCUUAAAUGAUAUCACGAGCGAUCCGGCCUGUCUCAUGUCUGGUACUCCUAGCUACCCCGAUCCCGAUCCCUAUCUACGAUAGUUAAUCACGGACCACGCCCCCCACAUACACAUACACGCUUGUAGUUAAGCCCAAAAUGCAGGUUAUCUAUCUAUCUACCCUAUCUACCCCCCUUUUCGAAAGCACUCGGCCAAGCUCUGCGCUUAAGGAAAUGAAGUUUUAUCCAAAUGCCUUUAAUUUUUUAUUUUUAUUUUAAUAUACUUGUGAUGUGUGCGUGUCGUUUGAAAUCAAGGCCUCAUUUAUUAUGUUUAUGUCGCGAUAUUGAAAUUGUAUUAGCCUUUUAUUUUCCCAAAAUGCAAUAUCUUUUAUAAUUUAAUUUUGUUUCUGCAAGUCCUUGCUGCCUACGAGGCCUAAUUAAUUUUGAUCCUUUUGAUCCAAUUUCUUUCUUUUUUUUUUAUAAAAAUGACGUUUACUAAAAGAACCAGAGAACAAAUCUUUAAAGUCAGAGCUGUAGAAAUUAUUUUACAAACUCAUUUCCAAAAAAAAAUACUUUCGAUUAAAAAAAUUAUGAUUGCAAAAGCAGAAACUACAAGUUAAACGUAUAUGUUAAGACUACGGAUUAAGUAAAGAGAAAAUAAAAAUAAAAAUCUAAAAUAUAUAAAUGUA